AUGCCUCCGCGCGCCUGUGAUGCCUGCAAGGCCCGAAAGGUCAAGUGUGAUGGCUUUGAACCAACAGCCCCAUGUUCCAAUUGUCGCAUGUCGGAUCUUUCUUGCCAGUAUCUACAAGUACCCAAAAAGCGGGGGCCCAAGCCUAACGAAUCUACGCACCAAAGCCGUAAGCAGAGAGGCAACCGAUCGGCUCAUAGCGAAGAGCCUUCGAAUUCGAAUGGACCAAACGUGGCCCUCCCCCUUUCAGCCGAAACUGUUUCAUCUCUUGAAGCGCCCCACGCAAUCAGUGAUGAGCAUUUAACUUCUCCAUGGAUGGGAAUCGCGCCUUCAAACGUUACAAGUCAAACCAGCACGGACAUCAACGUUAGCAUCCAAGCUCUCCACCACGAUCUCGUUUUCGCUCUAGGGUUCUGCAUGCCGAACUUCACGCUCGAGCAGAUCAUCAAAAAAUGUAUCGACGUUCACAUGCAGAGCCUAUUCCCUCUCUGCCCGCUGCUCCAUGAGCUAAGCAUACGAUCGAACAUGAAAUUAGAGACACCCUUGGUGACAAACCUACAGACAAUUUCAGAUUUAACUGGCGGGUUUCGUGGCUCAUCUGAAAGUCAAGAAGAUCUAGCCAAGUUACGCUCAUACACCCUUAUCGUAGCUUUGUGUGCAGGCACUGCCUUUUUGUUGACGCCUGAAAGUGUCCCUAACCCAGCUCUUGUUGGAAAUAUAUUCCUCCAUACGUCCCGUGAAAUGCUCAAACUCUACCAAGAUUUCGACAUUGAGCGACCCGAUGCUAGCUCACUGGUGAUUCGGAUGUUUCACGCCAGCGCUUUGCACACUGAUGGCAAAAUACGUGUGGCCUGGCAAGUAUUGGGAGAGGCUUUAAGACUGGCUGAGCAAAUGCGCCUAUAUGAGGAACGCUCUUUCGAAGGUUUGGACCCUGUGGAAGCUAGGCUCCGUCGAACGGCAUUUUGGCAGCUUUUCAUAAUGGAUAAACACUCGGCCUUACUCGAAGAUCGCCCAAUGACCCUUCACGAGUUUUCUUUACAUGGAUCCAUGACGACCAAACUUCAGGAUGAAUUGGAAGUUCAACUCCUGGAUCCAGUUACGACCAUACAUUCAAUCGAAUUCGAGGAUCGAAUUUUUACUGGAUUCUAUAUCAGUCAACGACUAUGGGCCACUGCUUCUAGGGUAGUUCUUGAUCUUCAGACUCUGACACGGCUUUGCCAAUGUGACGAAAACGCGGUCAUGCUUGCUGAAGCACAAAGGAUGGGCCUGACCGGCACCUACUUGCGUUUUUUAAGUGUGCUAGAUAAUCUUCCUCUUUUUCUUCAAUCGCCAGAAACUGAAAUGUCGACUGAGGCGACAUCGACAGAGAAUCCGCGACGGAACUUCUGGGUGCAACGUACUAAUCUUUUAGUGACAUAUCAUUGCCUCAGAAUGAUCCUCUUGCAAAGAUUCAUCGACCUUGGGUUGGGUUGUCUACUCGGGCUGAGCGACGAAAGAGUGAUGUUAGCCCCGAGAAAGACAGAAAUCGCUCAUGACCUAAUAAACGUUAUUACCGGUGUCCCAUUUGACUCACUUCGAGCCAAUGGAGAAGCUUGUGUGAUAAAAAUUCGCCGAGUAGGUGCCACAAUCCUCGAGGUGAUGCAACUGGCCAACGCACCUGAAAUUGUUUCUCGUGCGAAGUCGCUUUUUUCUCCCCUCCUGGAUGUCCUCGCGAAACUCAAUUCUCGCGCAUCGGACGAGCUCAACAAAGAGUACAUUGGUUGA